GUGGACGCGGUUGUUUACCUGGUGGAUGCUUUUGACAAGGAGAGAUUCGCCGAGUCAAAAAAAGAGUUGGAUGCUCUCCUCUCCGACGAGGUAUUGGCGAAUGUUCCGUUUCUUAUUUUGGGAAACAAGAUCGAUAUCCCAUAUGCUGCUUCAGAAGAUGAGCUGCGCUAUAGCCUGGGCCUGACCAACUUUACCACAGGCAAAGGUAAGGUAAACUUGGCAGAUUCAAAUGUCCGCCCACUUGAGGUCUUCAUGUGCAGCAUUGUAAGGAAAAUGGGCUAUGGAGAUGGUUUCAAGUGGCUUUCUCAGUACAUUAAGUAGAGGGCAGUAGGACGGUAAAAUUAAAGAUUUGGUUUAUAGUGCUUAAUUCUUACUUUCUUAUUCCAUGAAAUGACAAACACACCCCAUUAUAAGUGUUUUAUAGAUUUUGUCUCCCUUCUCUU